AUGAAUCAUCUUUAUGUCUUCGGCAUUCUUUUGUUGGGUGCAGUUCAAAGUGUCUACUGUCUCCCAGAAGCACUUCGUCAUCGUUCGGAUACUUGUGCUCCAAGCUUGAUAACAACCACAUAUGUCAGUACCAUCUCAACGGUCAAGACAGUUUCUCAUUCAUGCUUCACCCGCACAACUACCACCAUUCAAAAUUCGUUCCCUUGCUCGGGAACAAAAACCUUCAACCGUGCCACUUGCCCGCCAGUUCCAUUAUGUAUCAUUCUCUCAACAACCACCAUAACCGUCCCACCAAGUGACAGGUGCUGCAAAGCAACUCCAACAGUCACCGUCCCAGGUGCAUGCGCAAAAUGCCAGACGGGAUGUGCCACGGAGCUCAGCACGGUAACUGUCACUGCAAGGCCGCUACCCUACAACCCAGGCGGUCCUCAAUUGCCCCCGACCAAGAGACCAGGAGGUUCCAUCAUACCAUGCACAUCCACUCUGAGUCGAUUGGAUCAAUUUGGCCUUGGACCUACGGAAACAAUCUUUCCAUCUACGGUGACGGCCACAAGUAGCGUGGACUGUGCGGGCUGCGAAGCUUUGAGUGUUGUGUUCUUUGGAGGUGUUGGUCCUGUAGUGAUAGUCACAACCACGGUGGAAGCUUCUGUGCCAACCACUACCACGGCUUUUGUUUGCUCUGCAACACCGGCAUAA